UUUUUUUGCUUUGCUCUCCCGGAAUCUAAUCGAAAGAAAAUUUUGUUGAAAAGAAAAAAAAAAAAAAAGAAAUCAAGCUAUCGACCUUUUCGGAAUAAAGAACGCAAUUAAAAGAAAAUUAAAAAGGGGAAAGGAAAAAAAAAAUGUUUUCUUCUCACUAUUGGAAUUGAGAAUUGAGGUGCCAUUACAUAGCAUAGACUAAAACGACGACGAAGACAUAGAAUAGAAAUUAUUACCACCUUACUCCGCACACCCAAUUUACUAGUGGUGGCUAGGUGGAGUUUUUAAAAGCAAAGAGAAGGAGAAGGGGUAGAAGGGGGGUAGGUACUCCAACAAACUCCAAGUGUGCAUCCUUGCAUGCGUGGAUGAUGUGCAGCACCACCACACCAAACCACAACCAUAAAGCAACAACCAUAUGAUGCUUUGGACCAAUAACGAAGGUCAGAAGAAUCCAUCUGUGUCUGUGAACAACUUGGAAUACAACAAUUUGAACAAUUCCAAAGAUCCGAGGUGCCAAUCGCCGAGCACCUAUUCGCAGCAUUCGCACAAGAGUGAAGACACUGCUUCACUGCUGCAUGCCCACAAACAAAAGACCACACGUCGCGUAACCACUGUUACCAAAGUAAUUCACGAAGUCAAUCACAUUCGUCCAGAAGCUAUUGUUGCCGCCGCCGAUUACAUAAAAAUGCCCUUGGAGGAUAAUCGCGAAACCAGAGGCGUAUCCAUUGACUAUGUAACCAUGCCGAUGGGCGUUCACUCCCGAUCUCAAUACAUUAAUUAUAAUCAGAUUGAGCAGCACACUGGUGCUCCUAUCUAUAUGCAGGAGAAUAAACAAUUCCAAACUCAUUACCAAGAGUAUGAUAAUUUUCCACCUGGCAGCCAUUAUCCGGCUUCGUCGACUUUUAAUGUCAUGCAGGCGGUCGGCAAUGCUGGGUCUUAUCUAUCAGAAUAUAGUUCGAAUGAACGAAUAGGAACACCACAGACUCCGAAUGAGCAUAGUAGCUCUACGUCCCCAUUGCCGUUGAAUACGGCUGCUGGGAUGUCGCCUAGUUUGGCCCAAUCGUACUUACAAACGUCGCAGUUCGAUGAACUUGCCGACUAUCACACAUCGCCCUUGUCUGUGAGCAAGGCUGAUAAUCAUUAUGCCGAGGAGUCGGCUCUCCUUUAUGGCUAUAUAUCGACAUCUAAUUUCGGCAUUCCGACUAAUAAUUUGGAAUCGAAUGCCAAUCCAGCAUAUCCAACUAGAGCGCUAAUGUUCGGUGAUAAUCUAACUAGUUCCUCUUCGAGUGCAGUGCAUCCGCGACAGAGGUUUGGCACCGAACAGGAACUGCUGAAGCAUAUGUCGCAGUUGUCUACUAACGAUGCGACUACAUCUCCGCGUGGGGCGGAUGAUCGUUAUGUUGAGAAUAAUGGGGAGCAUUGUCAGGCAAUUAGAUGGCGUGAUCCGAAUUUAUCUGAGGUCAUUAGCUUCCUGGACAAUCCAAAUAGUUCGGUGAAGGCAAAUGCAGCUGCUUAUUUGCAGCAUUUGUGCUAUAUGGAUGAUCCGAAUAAGCAAAAGACAAGAACUCUGGGUGGUAUACCCGCACUGGUGCGGUUGUUGGAUCAUGAGAAUUUAGAAGUACACAAGAACGCAUGCGGAGCUCUGCGAAACUUGUCGUACGGGCGUCAGAAUGACGAAAAUAAACGUGCAAUAAAAAAUGCCGGAGGAAUUUCUGCUCUAAUUAAUUUGCUUUGUCGUACGAUGGAGUCAGAGAUCAAAGAACUGAUCACCGGAGUAAUAUGGAAUCUUUCGUCAUGUGAAGAUCUCAAACGGUCCAUUAUCGAUGAUGGAUUGAAUGUAAUCGUAUCCUGCAUUAUAAUGCCGCACUCUGGAUGCGAUCCCACAUGCACAGGCGAAAUGUUCACAUCGACUGUUUUUCGUAAUGCAUCGGGCGCUCUUCGCAAUGUCAGUUCGGCUGGGGAGUAUGCUCGUACAAAGUUGCGGGAGUGCAAGAACCUUGUCGAGUGUUUGCUGUUUGUGGUAAAGACUUCGAUUGAGAAGAAUAACAUUGGCAACAAAAUAGUUGAGAAUUGCGUUUGCAUUUUGAGAAAUUUGUCAUACCGCUGUCAGGAGGUGGAGGAUACAAAUUAUGACAAACAUCCGACUUUGAUGAAUAAGACCGCAUCAUCGAUUGAAGUUAAGGCAGAAAACUUUGGAUGCUUUGGAGCUAGUAAGAAGAAGCGCGAAUACGAAUACACCGAACCCAACGAUAGCAUGAAGUCGGCUGAGAAUGGAGGUGCAUCAUCACUUCAGACUUUGCCACGCAGCAGUGCUCAUAGGAAGGGAUAUGAGCAAUUGUGGCAGCCAGAUGUGGUUCAGUAUUAUCUCGCCUUGUUGCAGAGUUGCUCUAAUCCAGAGACUUUGGAGGCAGCUGCUGGCGCCAUUCAGAAUUUGGCUGCUUGCUAUUGGCAGCCCAGCAUAGACAUUCGUGCAGCUGUUCGAAAGGAAAAGGGUCUACCAAUUCUAGUUGAGUUGCUGCGCAUGGAAGUGGAUCGUGUAGUAUGUGCCGUUGCCACAGCCUUAAGAAAUCUUGCUCUAGAUCAACGAAACAAGGAGCUCAUCGGGAAGUACGCAAUGCGGGAUUUGGUACAAAAGUUACCAUCGGGCAAUGCCCAACACGAUCAGGGCACCUCUGAUGACACCAUCACAGCUGUGUUGGCCACCAUAAAUGAGGUUAUUAAGCGGAAUGCCGAGUUUGCUCGGUCUUUGCUCGAUGCCAAUGGCGUUGAUCGUUUGAUGAACAUUGUACGUCAACGACAGAAAUACACAUCGUGUGUAUUGAAAUUUGCCUCACAGGUACUCUAUACCAUGUGGCAGCACAACGAUUUGCGUGAAGUCUACAAAAAGCAAGGCUGGAAGGAGCAGGACUUUGUCACAAAAACAGUCGCUGCUCGCAAUGCAGCUCCCAAUUCCCCGAAUAAUGCAAACAACACUUUAAAUCGACCAAUGGCAUCACAGAGUCAGACACGCUAUGAAGAUCGCACCAUUGGACGCAAUGCCCAUCACAAUUCAAUGGCCAGUCGAAAUAUGGAGACAGUCAUCUGUGAGAACGGUGAAGCGACCAACUUUAAUUCCGGCACGAUGACCUAUCGAAAGAAAAACGAUCAGUUUUACGAACACCCUGAUGGUGGCAUUCCAACCAGGCUAACACAUUCUGAUUCCGUGGAGAAUAAUCUCCAGGAGCCUGCUUAAGAUUUAAGAAUAAAAUUAAAAAACAAAAAACAUAAACAAAAAAAAAAAAAAAUUAAAAUAAAA